AUGGCUGCCGAAGUCGAGCGAGAGUUGCUGAACCACUAUAAGCUCGACUCUUUAUAUCCUUCAGAAUGGCCGGACCGGGACGAGGACGAUUACGACAGUGAUGUCGACAACGACGCGACAAACACAAACCACAGAGAGUCCAAAUUCGCUGCCCUGGACCGUUCGCUUUCUGCCCGAGGAAAGAGGGCCGACAGCAGUGUUCAAAAAGACGAGCCUGACCCGCUAGGCAUCGUCCCAAGUGUCGUACACGAGUUGCGACGUCGUGGACUUCCUGUCGAGGAGAACCUCCGCUUGCGCAAUCGCUUCAUGCUUUCUUCGACCACCUUUUCGCCAAAUCUGUUUCUGUCACAAGUUCACCAUUCCGCCUCGACGGACUCAUUGCUGAACGGUCUCGACUUCCUGUCUCGCUCUAUCGAGCAGAAAUCCGCCUCGCUCAAGCUUCUGGUCGAGUCCAACUUCGAACGCUUUGUCAAGGCCAAGGCUACCAUCGACAACGUAUACACCGAGAUGCGCACUCAGGGCCAACAGUCUAUGCCCGUUUCCCCUGGUCACCAGAGAAGGCACUCUAGACAUACGAGUCGAGGAGCCAUAUCACAUUUCCGCACACCUAGCGGAGCUCUCGCCCCGAAUGUCAUCAGCAAGUUGCCCGAUAAGAAAAAGAAUGCUCUCACAAAAGAGAGCGAAUAUGGUGUCCUUGGAAUAAAAGCUCCUCUGAUCGAGCUUGGUGCGAAGGCCGAAGAAGUCUGGGGUCCUGCACUUGGAGGUCGCGAGAAGGAAGAGGAUCUGAAGUCUGUCUUGACAUAUGUUGAGCAGAAUCGCCACGUCUUUGGUAUUGGCCAGGCUCUUCAAGACGCCAUACGUAAGAAAGACUACGAUUCUCUUGUGUCCGAAUACAACCGUGCGAAAAAGCUGGCAAACGAUGCAUCUCAAAAAGCAGAAACGAAACAAGACUUGUCCGACUCUGAUGUUCAUCAGAUUCUGGUCGCUGCGAAAGUCUGGUCAGAUGCUCAAUCUCAAAUCGGAGCCUUCAAACGCGAGUCUCGUAAACAACUUUCUGCCGCUAGAACCCGUCGACCGACACCGUCUACUGCUAGUCAGCCCGACACAACCAUGACAUUGAUCGGUACACUCCUGCAGAUUGACGUGGACGACAAUCCAAUCACAUUCUGGCUCUUCAGUCGCUACAACAACCUCAAGGAGAAAUUGACUCGUUCCUUUGAACGCAUGCGCAUCGAGAUCGAAGUCUCCAGACGUCGUUUGGCAUCGGCCGAACCGCCAAGUCUCCAGACAUCAAAACUGCAUCUUCAAUCUGCUGUGGCCAAUUUCGUACAAGAUCGAAACUCAACCAUCACAUCCAACGCUAUGGACGCUACCAAAAUCAUCGACUUCUGGGAGAAGAUUCAAAGUGCACUCAACAGCCUGUUAUCCGCCCAGGGAGGUCUAUUGGGCGAGAUUGUCGAGUUCUGGGAGACUGCAGAAUCCUUUAUAUCUCACAAAGCCCAGAGGAACUUACCUAGUGGAGUCUUUGCCUCCGAGGGCGGUCGUCAACAUCUCGAUUUGAGAGAAGACGAAAUCAACCGUCUCCGUCAAUCUGCUACUGAUUUGUUCAACAGCAUGCGUGAAAACGUGUUUUCGUUCUUUGUCGACUCGCCGGUCGAAGACAUCUCAUCCUUGUUCUCGCCUAUCCCUGAAACCCCAACCACUCCUUCGGCCAAUCUGGCUAGCGAUCAGCGUAUGUUCUCUUUCGAUGUCAACAACAUACCUGAACCUUCACCAAAAAGAGGCGAAUCUUGGGAGAAGUUUGCCUUCUGGGCGCCAUACGCCAACUCUCUGAGUGGUGUUCACUAUCUCAGUAAUAUUCUACUCCUUGUCGGGACUUCGGCAGGUGAGGUUGCUAGUCUCUCCCUCGUUAGUGAUAAUUAUCGUAUGGCAGAGCAGCUCAAAACCAUGGUCAGUAGCGUACGCGAACGCUGUAUCCAGGCUGUGUGUGCUGCUUGGAAUGUAGACUCCGACAAAACAAAAUACCUCGAGGACUGGACGCGGCACACUGAUCGUCGUGAUCUGACUAACAUGCCGUUCCGGUUCAGUGCUUUUGAGGAAACCAUCUUGGGCGAUAUGCAAAAGAUCCUGUACAUCUCCGAAGCGAUGUCACGACCAGGAUAUGAAGAUGUUGUGGGACCACCGCCUACUAAGCUCCUCCAGAUGGUCAGGCAUCAAUUCAUCACCAGCAUAUACAAGACGCUUAGUGGCGCUGUGGAAAAUGCAGAGAAGAACAAGAAGCUUGAGGGAACCGGAGUUGAUGAUCCGGAUGGUCUUACAGUACCAGUGGCGCAAGGAGGCUCGAAUAUGGAUGGCAAUGUUGUCACGACACGAACGACGGACAAGAAUGUUCGACUACUGCUCACGCUCAGCAACUUGAAUCACCUGCGUCGUGAAAUCGUGCCUCAACUGAUUUCGCAAUUCGAAUCUUCUUUCUCGAUUAAAUUCACCGACGAGUCAAAACAAAUCCGCGACGUCCUAAAGCAAAUCGACGACCGACUUUUCCAGGGCUACGUCAAACCUACCACAUUACAACUCCGCGAGAUUAUCACCGCUGGUAUCACCUCGCCCGACUGGCUGCCGAAAUCAUCUUCUCGACCCACAAACGCUCGACCAUAUGUUUAUGACGUACUGCUUGCUUUGGUCCUAGUCCACACCGAAGUGUCUACCACAGCAAGCACAUUGACCUCACCCCUCUUGUCACACUUUUUAGAGUCCGCCAGUGAUUCUCUUUUAGCCGCUUUCUCCGAACGUCGCACCUACUCCCUCACAGCUCUCAUGCAAGCAACCCUCGACGUGGAGCUACUUGCCCAAACUCUCUCUAAUUACACAACGGAAAAGGCAUCAGAUACCCAAUCAAGGAUAUAUCUGGUCCUCGACGAGCGUACGGAUGCUGAUGCGAGGACAAGAUUACAAGCAGAGUUGCCGGAAAUGAGGGCGAUUCUCAAGAGGCUGAGAGAAGGCACCAAAGGACAAUUCGGAUGUUUCAGACGAGAGAGGAGGGUCAGAAGCGAACGUCCUGGUAGUUCCAGAAGUGGUGGGACUACAGCGAAUGGAUCAGUGGUGGGUUAG